AUGAUUCAAAAUACUUUUGGUAAAAAAGUCUUGAAAGUCAUCGACAACAAGAUCGCACUCAAAUGGUAUCCCCUCACAAAAGGAAAUCCCAAGUCGACCAAUUUGCUGUUUUUCAAUAAUCAUGGUGGCCCUGAACAAACCCAUUUUGAGGAAGUUCCCGUGCCUGAACCUGCAUCAGACGAAGUUCUGGUGAAUAUUAAAUACUCGGGUGUAUGUCAUACAGACUUGCAUGCUCUUCAAGGAGACUGGCCUUUGGACGUUAUAUUACCUGUCGUUGGAGGCCACGAAGGCACUGGCAUAUAG